AUGAGGCUUUUUAAUGCAGAGGAGAUGGGUCAGGACCAGACAAAGCAGCAGAUAGAGAAAGGACUCCAUCUCUACCAGUCUAAUCAUACUGAAAAGGCCCUGCAAGUCUGGAUGAGGGUUUUGGAGAAGUCUGCGGAUCCUGCUGGCAGGUUUCGGGUUUUGGGUUGUCUCAUCACUGCUCAUGCAGAGAUGGGCAGAUACAAAGAUAUGCUGAAGUUUGCAGUGGUACAGAUUGACACAGCACGGGAGCUAGAAGACCCAGAUUACCUUACAGAGAGCUACCUAAACCUGGCUCGCAGCAAUGAGAAGCUCUGUGAAUUCCAGAAAACAAUCUCGUACUGUAAGACAUGCCUGAAUAUGCAGGGCACCACUGUGAACAUGCAGCUGAAUGGCCAGGUGAGCCUCAGCAUGGGCAAUGCCUUCUUGGGCCUCAGCAUUUUCCAGAAGGCUCUGGAGUGCUUUGAGAAAGCUUUGCGCUACGCACACAACAACGAUGACAAGAUGCUGGAGUGUCGCGUCUGCUGCAGCCUGGGGAACUUCUACGCCCAGCUAAAGGACUACGAGAAAGCCUUGUUCUUCCCAUGUAAAGCAGCUGAGCUGGUGAAUGAUUAUGGAAAGGGCUGGAGCUUGAAGUACCGUGCAAUGAGCCAAUACCAUAUGGCCGUGGCCUAUCGGAAGCUGGGGCGCUUGGCAGAUGCUAUGGACUGCUGUGAGGAGUCCAUGAAGAUUGCCCUGCAGCAUGGUGACCGGCCUCUGCAGGCACUGUGUCUGCUCUGUUUUGCUGAUAUCCAUCGCAGUCGCAAAGAUGUGCAGACAGCCUUUCCUCGGUAUGAUUCUUCCAUGAGCAUCAUGACAGAGAUUGGAAACCGCCUGGGACAGAUCCAGGUGCUGCUAGGAGUUGCUAAAUGCUGGAUGAUCCGGAAGGAGCUGGAGAAGGCUCUGGAAAGCAUUGAAAAGGCACAGGAGCUGGCAGAAGGACUAGGGAACAAGCUUGGCCUGCUGAAGCUCCACUGCCUGUGCGAAAGGAUCUAUCGCACAAAAGGGCAACAGCAAGAGUUGCGCGACCAUGUAGUGAAGUUCCAUGAAUGUGUGGAGGAGAUGGAGCUGUACUGUGGCAUGUGUGGAGAGUCCAUCGGGGAGAAGAACAACCAGCUCCAGGCGCUGCCUUGCUCCCACUUCUUCCAUUUAAAGUGCCUGCAGACCAACGGGACGCGGGGCUGCCCCAACUGCCGCCGCUCGUCGCUGAAGCCGGGCUACGUGUGACCCGCCGGCGGGGCUGGGCCGGGCAAG